CUAGCCGUUGAGAUCAUAAACUCCUCAGGAAAAUGUUUACUGAGGUAAUUAAUCAUGUGAGGAGUUGGGUCAUUUUCUCAUUGACUCCUGUAAAAUCUUCUUCAUGCAGUCAUUGAAGUCGCCCCCUGCUGGCCAUUAGAACAAAUGCCACUUUAAGGCAUUUCUGCAUUGGACUCACUUUUCAGACCCAGGAGUCUACGUCCACUUCACAUAACUGCACUCUACCUCACUCUACUAAAAUACUAAAAUAAAAAGGAGAAAUCCCCUUGUCAGCACAUAAAGCUCCAAAGUGAAGAUAUAAGCAAGGAAGAGAAAGUCAAAGUCAAACAUGUUUGCAGUGGCCAUCGGCCUCUGCCAGUGUUGUCCCUUGUCAAUGACUCUGUUUGUGAUAUUCAUGGACAGCAUCUCAGGAAGCAGCUGGGGGGAGCAUGGGGUCUGGUUUGUGGACCUCAGAGUUGCGUCUCUGCUCUUUUCCAGUGAUGUGGUUCUGAUAGCUUCAACAGCCGUGACCUCCAGCUUGCACUGGGGCGGUUUGCUGACGAAUGUGAAGCUGUCUGGAUGAGAGUCACUACCUACAAGUCUUGGGCCAUGUUUUUCUGUCCUGCAGUCCCAUCUUUUGAAAUUCAAACCUUUUGAAGUUUGCUACUCAGGGGUAUGGCUGUAUUCUGGGCUUGCAGCAACGAUGGGGAUGUCACUAUCACAGAUCUGUGUGGCGGUUUCCUGGAUGGUAUUACUUUCUUAAGGUUUUGUAGUUCCUGGAUGACCCUCCCUCCACCAUAAAUAACCAUAUUUUUUUUAUAUUUACACCAAAUGUGGGUGGUAUUGGAGCCAAUGCAAUGAGCAAAGAGCACAGAGUGAGUGAGAGUUGUCACCAAAACAGCUUAUUUCUUAAGCAAAAUGCACAUCCUCCUUACAAAUGUAUCAUCAUACAAACUGUGUGUGCACCUUAGCAGAAUAAAGAUGCACGACAGCCAUCUGUCCCACCGCACAAAAACAAACUUUGAUAACCCUACACAUGACACACACAAACACACACACACACACACAUAGCCAGCAUUAGUAACGUGCAUAUUCGUGACAGUUUUCCCAAAUAAACCGUAACAUAUACAACAGUGGCAGCAGCGUCCAGAAAAAAUAUCAGUAACUUAGCUUUAACUAAGUUUUAUGUCCCUCCUCAAAACUAUAAUAAAUAAUAGAAGUCCCUCCCCACCAGUGCCUAAAAAUUGAUUUGACGUACCUCCCUCGUUUCGCCUCUUCUUAUAGCAAACAGAACAAACAAUCCCCAACAUUAACUGGUCUGUCGGGUUUACAACAUUUGUGUCCACACUGAAAGACUGGAACAAUGUUUUGGGUCAUUGUUGUGAGUUUUUCUUUAAUGUCAGCCGUUAUUCAUACUGGGCCUGUCAUGACUUCCUCCUAUGUUGCUGCUGUGUAUGAGCACAACAUAAUCUUGAACCCGGACCCUCGUGUCCCCCUGUCCCGCUCCGCAGCCCUGCAGCAUAUGCAGCAAAACCUGGAUAUCUACGAGGAGCAGGCAGCCCGGGCUGCUCAGCAGGGAGCCCAGAUCCUGGUGUUUCCAGAAGACGGUAUUCAUGGUUUCGAAUUCAGCCGUUCAUCCAUCUCUGGCUACUUAGAAACCAUUCCUGACCCCCAGCAGGAGAGCUGGAACCCCUGCACAGAGCCGGGCAGAUACAACAACACUGAGGUUCUCCAGCGGUUGAGCUGUAUGGCCCUGCGUUACAACCUCUAUGUGGUGGCCAACAUGGCUGACCUGCAGCCCUGCCCCCUGAAGACUGACCCCUCCUCCUCCUGUCCCCCUGAUGGACGCUGGCAGUUCAACACCAACGUGGUUUUCAGCUCAGAUGGCCUGCUGGUGGCGCGCUACCAUAAAUACAACAUCUUUCAAAAGUAUGAGAAGGCCUUCGAUAAGCCACCGCAACCUGAGAUCAUAACGUUUGAUACACCUUUUGCUGGAAGGUUUGGCCUCAUGAUCUGCUUUGACAUGCUGUUCCAUGAUCCCACAAUUAUCCUGGUGGAGAAGGGUGUGCGUCAGCUGAUCUUUCCCACAGCCUGGAUGAAUGCACUCCCCCUACUGGGCUCUGUCCAACACCAGCGGGCGUUCAGCUUGGGUGCCAAUGUCACCCUGCUAGCGGCCAACCUGCGUAAUAGCCGACGGAACAUGAGGGGAAGUGGCAUCUACACCCCCUUCUCUGCCACUUACCACUACCCAAAGAAAGGAGAGCCAGAGGAGGGCAGGCUGCUGGUGGCCAGGGUGCCAAUGUUAGACCCACUGUGGGUGGGGCGGAGUGGAACCACAGGGGAGGGGGUAGUUAGUAGUCAGUCCACAUCAUCUACACUUAAAGACUCUGGAAACUGUCACCAAGAGAGCUGCUUAGAUUCUCCUCCUCCUGAAACAGCUCCAUCAGUUCCUCCCUCCUCCGCCACCUUCGUCUCAUCCAUGCUGGGUGACCCAUUUACGUUUGUCCUCUUAAACCAGACAGAGGGUGAAGUGAACGUCUGUAAUGGCACAUUUUGUUGUCACCUGCAGUACCGGAGGUUUCCACAGGGCGGCAGUGAAGAGCUCUACGCAUUAGGAGCAUUUGCUGGAACACACACACUGAACGGACGCUGGGCCGUGCAGGUGUGUGCACUGGUCCGCUGUGCAGGGUUGGACAUCAGUUACUGUGGAGAGGGAGUGGAAGAGGCUGAAUCUAAAAUGGACUUCACGUUGGAGGGAAAGUUUGGGACCAGAUAUGUGUACCCAUCAGUCUUAGCUAGUAAGCUGGUCCUGGAGCAGCCUGAGCAUCUGGAAACAGCUGCAGAUGGCACAGUGACCAUGAGACACUCGAACAUGACUGGUGGGCUGCUCACUGCCUGUCUGUACGGACGAAUGUAUCACCUUGACAAUGAGUGAACUCUUUCGGAAUCGAUGGAUGUGGCAGGAGAACAAUGACAAAUACAUUUUAAAAACUGAUUUGUAAAAACAAUACGGGUUCAGUUGUCACACAUUUGUCUUUUGUCAUAUACACUACUUAAAUGUGUGAGUGACAGCUGACAAUGUCUUCUAUGAUAGCUCAAAGAACUCUGAAUAAAACCACAAUCUGUCCAGGCA